UGAAACAAAAAGUCUUUACAUGACAUAACUUUGUUCUUAGCAACUUAUGUGUUCCUUGUUUUUUUAAGUCGAGUGCGAUAUUGAAUAAGAAUUGAUUUUAAUUGGUUAGCAUACAUCACGUGACUCAACUUUCGGCGUGUUGUAAGAAUGUCUCAACAGAGUAACUCAAGAUCCCGAAGUCGUUCGCCAAUCGCAAAGCGGGAGCGGGAGCGGUCGCGUGAGAGAAGUAGAUCCCCACGACGACCCCGCAAUAUGAAAUCAAAAAGAUGUAUCAUCAGCAAUAUACCAUAUGACCUGAAGUGGCAAGAAAUCAAGGAUCUCUUCAGAAAUGAAGUUGGUGAUGUCAUAUAUGUUGAGCUGUAUACCAAUCCUGAUGGCAAGCCAAAAGGAAGUGGCGUUGUAGAGUUCCGUGACUUAGACACGGCUGGCCUGGCCAUCGAGAAGAUGCACAGAUAUGAGAUUAAUGGUAGAAAACUGGUGGUCAGAGAGGAGCGUGACAGAGAUCGUCGUGAUAUGUUGCCACCGCCAAGGGAGAAUCGUGGGCGUGAUGGUCCCGGAGUAAUGGGCCCUGGUCCCCGAAACAUGGGCGGGCCUGUCAUGGGCGCUGGAAUGGGAGGCAUGGGUGGAGGUGGAGGAGGCAUGGGGGCCAAUAUGAACCAAGGCAUCAGUCCUGCAAUCUUGCAACAGCUUGGAAUUGAGGGACCUCCAACAAACACAGUGUUUGUGUCUAAUCUGGACUACAAAGUUGGCUGGAAGAAGUUGAAGGACGUUUUCAAGCUUGCGGGCAACGUGACGCACGCCAAGAUCAUGGAGGACAAGGAUGCCAAGUCUAGAGGCAUGGGCACUGUCACCUUCGAGACACCCAUGGAAGCUGUACAGGCCAUAUCCAUGUUUAACAACCAGUCUCUGUAUGAUCGUACCAUGCGUGUCAAGAUGGAUGGACAGGGCAGCUCACGUCAGGAACCCCUGCCUGCUGGCCUCAAGUCCCUGGGACCAUCUUUGCAGCAAAUUGGUGGAGGAGGCAUGUCAGACUUGGGUGGGAACAUGGGCUCUGGUCUAGGUAUGGGUAUGGGUAUGGGUGGUAUGUCAGGGGGUAUGGGCACGAUGGAUCGAAUGUCCUCUGGUCUGUCCGGAAUGGGCUCUAUGACUGGUAUGGGCUCCGGGCUUGCAGGCAUGGGCUCAAGUCUGUCUGGCGGUCUGUCCGGACUGGGUUCCAUGGGUAGUGGGAUGUCCAGUAUGGGAAUGGGUGACACAUUUGGUGGCAUGAGUGGGAUGGGAGGGAUGGGGUCAAUGGGCUCCGGUGGAAUGGGUGCCAGCAGUCUCAAUGACGGGUUUGGGAUGUCAUCCAUGGGUAGCAGUGGGAUGGGUGCGACGUCAGGCUUCAGCAGUAUGAUGGACGGCAAUAGGUCAUCUGGGAUGGGCAGCUAUGGAUCGUCCAGCGGUCUGACAUCACGUAUGGACUCCUCUAGAAUGAACACUGGGAGUAGCAGCAUGCCGUCACAUGCUGGGGACAUGAAAACAAGGGCUGACAGGUCAACAGUAAUUGUGAAAAAUCUGCCUUACUCGUUGGACUGGCAGACGCUCAAGUCCAAGUUUCAGGGUGUGGGUGAGAUACGGUUUGCUGAGAUCAGCAAGAAUGACAGGGGGCGCAGCAAUGGCUGGGGACUGGUGAGCUUCCGUAAUGAGGAGGAUGCACAGCUCGCUGUCCAGCGGAUGAACAGAGUGAACAUUGAUGGCAGAGACAUCGUGGUGAAGCUUCUCAACUGAGCACAGCUGGUAGAGUCCAUCUUGAUCUUUGUAGCCUCAUUGGUUGUUUAAGAAAAGAAAGAAACUUGUUGGAUUAGUGGUUCAUGUUUAACAUGUUUCAAACUGAGGAUUUUGUUUUUGAGUGAUCUUUGCAUUUGUGAAGACUUCUCUAGAUGAACAAAUGUUGCAGUGCUUUUCUGAAGAUUUAUUGACACUUGUUCUUGACGUCAUCAGUUGUUAGGUUUGUUUUGGGAAGUUUCAACCUUUUGAGAAUGGCAGUCACAGACUUAUUGUGACAUUGAUUGCACCUUUGUGUUUUCCAAAAAAUAAAUAAAUAAAUUAGGUUUCUGAAAACAGUUCUCCAUUUGGAUCAUAAUUGUUCACAUUUGAACUAAUUUACAGGACAUGGAUAUGUUUUCUCUGCAUUCACUUGUUGACAUUAGUUUUAUCGUUUUAUCUUUAAUACAUGUAAUGUGUAUUGUUUCAUGCGUUUGUAGUCAUUUCAUCAUGUCUGGAAUAAACAUCUGAAAUUGUGUUUUUUUGGAUUUCUAUUUUUAUGCUGAGCAUUUCACAUGCUUUCGGAUGGCUGUGUUUGUCCCACAUGCAUUUUGUGACAUGCUUUCACAAUUGAACUUGAAAAGUUGAAGGUACUUGUUUCUUUAGAUUGGUUUUAAAACCGGUAAUUUGUGUCUUUGUCGUAUCUAUUUACUAGUUUUUCACAUUAACAGGAAAAAUCUUUUAAUGUUUGUUUAUUGUGUAAAGUGUUUAUUGUUAUAAGGUUUGCCAUGUACUUGCUUCUAUAAAUCUCAAACAGAGUAAAUGUUUUUGCAUCAACAUAAAAGUGAGUGAACGGUGGGCAACACAACCAGAUGGGGUGUUUGUUAUGAUGUUGAAGUUCUUUUUCUGUUUUCAGAUUGAUUUUCUGAAGAUGAAAUUUUAUGUCUGUUCAAUAUUUUUUAGAUCAUUUUGGAACUGUUUGUGAUUGAUUAUCAUCAUUAUACUUAUUAAUAUUUCUGGGAUCAUUUUGGAACUUUGUGUGAUCGAUUAUAGUUAAUUGUUUGAACAACUAUUUAAAUUGUCCCAUUAUUGUAUUUUGUGUCAUGAUGCAUAAUUUGUUUACUAGUUUUCUGAAGGUUGUAAGAUUAAUUGUUUUCAUUUGGCUGGGGCCAGUUAAAUGGUAAAGGUUUUUGUACCUUUUAAAAGUGAAUGACAAAAUGUACAUUCGAAAUUUAUGAAAUGUAAUGCUUGCUGAACUGUGAUUGGAUUACAAUAAACUGAAUGACAUUAAGUUGUAAGACGUGUGAUUGGUGUGUGCUUAAAAUUGAUACACAUACAAUAUCAAUAGUAAGUAAAAAAAGAAGCCUGGUGUUUUGAUGCUGGAUGUGAUUUCGCCUUCUUUGCAUGUUUAGGAAUGUAUCAAUCCAGAAAUGUGUAUGUCAACAGAUUUGAGGUUUGUUUCCACAACAGAGCUUGGGUUUAUGCCCACACAUGCCGUAAAUUGAUUUACAAGUGCUGUCAGAUUGAAGAUAUGCAGGACUUCUUGGAACAAUAGGCAGUAUGCUGAUCUAUCCAUUAUGUAUUGCAUUUGUUACUUAUACAUGUGAACAUUGUUGCGGUAAGAUUUUGCUUAAUAUAUCCUUUGUCUCAAAAUUGCGCCCUUUCAUCGAUUUCAUCUGUAUAGGUGAUCUUGCGGAAAAAAAGAUGUAGGUUCAUGCAUUUGUUAUGCUUUAUGGGGCAUGUCUUUACAAUAUUUGCAAAGAUAUUCCAAAAACAUGGGGGUUAUUAUGUGGAAACUUAAAUUCUAGCUCUAUCACUGGAUUGUAUAGAUUGUAUUGUUGACUGAAACUUCUUCAUUGUUUUAUUGGUUGUGGGUUCAAUGUGUUUUUUGUGACCAGUGAAGAUUUUCAGAGACGUGUGCCGCAAGAUAGACCUCAGAUGGUUCGAAGAUUCAAGAGGAUUUAAAGGGGUGUAUUGACUUGUUGUUUUGUCAUGAAAUCCUUCAAAGAUCUUUUCGUUGGUGCCUUCAGCAUGUUUCUAACUUCUUCAACCAUGGAUCUUGGAAGAAAACCCAGUCAGUCAUGGGCCUAAAGUCCAGUCAAAGCAACGCUUGGAAGGGGUUGCAGCUUUCAUUUACUCGAGCAGAUUUUGAUAGAGCACAGAUUUACAAAAGCUCAAUGAAAGCACGGCUACCAUGACGGCCACAAUGAUCGUAGAUGGACUUUGUAGCGCUAAGAAUUGACCAAGGUCAUCAACAACCGGCCUGGGAAAAUAUGAAAUGUUUAUAUUGUAAACAAAUGGAUAAUAAAAGUUGUAAAAUUUUAA